AAUGGGGUCCUCUCGGUGAGAGAGAGGUGGUUGGCUUGUCCUCGGGUGAUUCCCUGUGGUUACACAGAUCUGCUGAAGUGGCGUCGCUCGGAGAUCUUGCGCACCCGAUGAUUGAUGGGCCUUGAUUCCAUUGGCUGAAUUGGGUUGUCCUGUGAUGUGGUGAUUGAUUGGAUGUGGCUGAUGUGAGCGUAGCAAGUCUAUCCUCGUUUCAAACCUCGGACAAGAUUGCCGAGUAAAUGACCUUUCGGCAAUUCUGCAUCCACGUGCGGUCUGUAGUUCUGCAUCCACGUGGGGUCUCCAGUUCUGCAUCCACGUGGGGACCCCCGUAGCAACUUGUUAACCCGACAGGUCAGUAGAUUGGAAGUGGAGGAAGCUCGGCGCAAACAAUUGACAAUUGACAUGUGGCAGCUCAAUGAAUUCCUCGGGGAAAGGUUUGUGUGAAUAUGGUAAUGAGGAAUUUUGCCGAGAAGAGAGUGACAGGUCAUUGUCCCGAGAGUACGGAGUUGGCGCCAAAAAUUGACACGUGGCGGGAACGGUGUUGGCGCCAAAAAUUGACACGUGGCGGGAACGGAGUUGGCGCCAAAAAUUGACAUGUGGCGGGAACGGAGUUGACGCCAAAAAGGCGUGAGGAUUUGCCAAAAAGAGUGACCGGUGUAUUCCUAUUUAACGGAGUUGCGACUUUCCUCUUUCGUCGCGGGAUCUUAUUCCAGAGCUUGGGACUGCUUUUCUCUUUCUCGUCCCCCACCUCUCUCUCUCUCUCUGUGUCUCUCUCUCUGUGUCUCUCUCUCUGUCUCUCUCCCCGUCCUGUCUCUGUUUAUGGUAGCUUAUUCUCCUCUCUCCACUCUCUCGUUUUUUUUAUGGCACUUCUCAUUCUCUCUCUCCUGUCUCUCUCCUCUCUCGCGGUUUUUUAUGGUACCUCUCUCUCUCCCUGUGAAUUUGCCCGUAAGGAACAUUGGCCCACGAUAACUUCCACCCCAUCGGAGGUCGUGCCAUGAUAAAUUGUAUCCGACGUGAAGGAAGGACGACCAGAGCGGGAGAUGGGGAGGUGAUUCUCCAUACCCAGAAGGGAAGAAGGAAGCGGCAGCAGUAGCAACAACAGGAUUGGAGAGAUAGAUAGAUAGAUAGAUAGAUAGAAAGAGAGAGAGAUAGAAAGAGAGAUAGAUAGAUAGAUAGAUAGAUAGAGAGAGAGAGAGAGAGAGAGAGAGAGAGAGAGAGAGAGAGAGAGAGAGAGAGAGAGGAACGCGGAAGGGGGUCUGGAGGGGUGCGAUAUUUGUAUUUCUCGGGGGCAGAAGGGAAGGUACGUCUAGGAGAGUGAUGAUGAUGGGUGAGGGGGGGAGUGGUAGAGCACCGAUGGAUUCGUCCGGGGGGGGGCCCAGCUGCACUGUUGUGUGGUUGAGAAGGGACUUGCGUUUGGAGGACAAUCCUGCGCUCAUUUGGGCAGCGAGGGCAGGAGCCGUCGUGCCAGUGUUCAUCUGGUCUCCAGAGGAAGAAGGGCAAUUUUAUCCGGGACGGGUUUCUCGAUGGUGGAUUAAACAGAGUUUGAAGCAUUUAAACAAUGCUUUGCAAGUUUUGGGCUCGAGACUCAUCAUGAGGAGGAGCAGGGAUUCGCUCUCCGCUCUCCUAGAGAUUGUCGAGGCGCUAGGCGCCAAACAGGUCUUCUACAAUCAUCUAUACGAUCCUGUGUCACUUGUUCGAGAUCAUCGUGUGAAGCAGGGGCUGGUUCAGCACGGGAUAGUGGUGCAGUCGUUUAAUGCAGAUCUUCUGUAUGAGCCGUGGGAGGUGUACGACGAGGAGGGCCAGGCUUUCACUACCUUUCAGAAGUUCUGGGACAAGUGCAUUUUGAUGGCAUUUGAACCCGAUCCGCCGAUGUUGCCUCCCAAGCAAUUGUACGGUCCCGGAGAGGAUCUGGGUGGUCCCACGGAAGAGCAACUUGGAUUGGAGGACCAGGCAGAAAUGGCCAGCAAUCUGCUGCUGUCGAGGGCAUGGACACCUGGUUGGGGGCAUGCAGACAAAGCUCUGGACUCCUUUAUCCGCGGGCCCCUUAUUGAAUAUGCGGACAGUCGAGCAAAAGCUGACAGCGCCACAACGUCUUUGUUAUCUCCCCAUAUGCACUUCGGAGAGAUAAGCGUGAGGAAGAUAUUUCAUGAAGUUCAGAAAAUGCAUUUCAAAUGGAAAAGGGAAGGUGUAAUGCAAGGUGUGUCGAGUGUGGAGCUCUUCCUUCGCUCGCUUGGGUUCCGUGAGUAUUCACGUUAUCUGAGCUUCAACUUCCCAUUCACACAUGAGCGCUCCUUGCUGGCGAACCUGAAGUGGUUUCCAUGGCGCGUUGACGAGCGCAUGUUCAAGGCUUGGCGGCAAGGACGGACUGGCUAUCCCUUGGUGGAUGCUGGAAUGAGGGAGCUAUGGGCAACAGGAUGGCUGCAUAAUCGAAUUAGAGUGGUUGUAUCAAGCUUCUUUGUCAAAGUCCUGCAGCUCCCUUGGAGAUGGGGAAUGAAGUACUUCUGGGAUACCUUGCUAGAUGCCGAUCUUGAGUGUGAUGUGCUUGGAUGGCAGUACAUCUCAGGAAGCCUUCCCGACGGGCAUGAGCUUGACCGCAUGGAGAAUCCAGAGGUUGAGGGCAUGAAAUACGAUCCGGAUGGAGAAUAUGUCAGGCGGUGGUUGCCGGAGCUGGUGCGCUUACCAACAGAGUGGAUACAUCAUCCAUGGGAUGCUCCGCCGGAAGUGCUGAGAGCAGCAGGCAUAGAGCUGGGUGUGAACUAUCAACUUCCGAUUGUUGACAUGGGUGAAGCUCGUCAGAAACUGCAAGAAGCGCUGAGCGAGAUGUGGGCGAGAGAGAAUGACAAUAACUGCAUGAGAGCAGCAGGAAAUACUGAAGAGGGGUACGGAGAGACAAUGAUUGUUGUGGAGGGGUCAGGUAGACGGGCAACGGAGAACAUGGUGGUGGAGAGGGUGAUUGUUGCAAGGCAAAAAGCACAGCAGAAGUCCUCCAGCAUGUUUAAGGACCAGCUAGUUCCAGAUAUGGUGACAGAGUCCACGAAAAAGGCAGCCGCAUCAAUCCUUGCACCAGCUGCAUAUCCUGCGAGCGAGGUGGAGACGCGGUCGGAGCAAGAGGGGCAAGAAGCCCAGCCAAUGUUGCAAGAGGAUGCUGCAAGUUCAGGAACGGGUCUGAGACUGGAGGACACAAGUGGCCAUGCUGCUGGCGUGGAGGUUGAAGUUCAGGUUCGCGAGGCAGCAGGCGGUGCAGCUGCACAGCAUGGAUCUCAAGGGAGGGAAGACGUCAUGUCGACGGCGGAGUCCUAUACGUCUCCUAGUUCUGAUAGAGGUGGCAUGGCAACAGUGCCGGUGUGGUCGCAGUCAGGGUCGUCAUCAAGGUCUCCAUCACUAGCAGUGGAUGGGAGGGUGCCCACUGUUCCUGUUGUUCCGGAUGUCAGGAAAGGUAUCGGUUCAGGCGGGCGUAGCAGAAGACGUAUGCAGCCGCGACAGGGAGUUGGAAGAGUAGGACCGUUGAAGGAAAUGGGACCAGCUCCAGACGGCAAGAUUCGGAGGUACUGGUGGUUUAAAGAGGGGCAAGUGCCACCUUGUUUGUUAAUAAAGCAGGACAUCGGUGGCAUUCAACCCUUCGAUGGGCUUUGAAUGAAAGGAUCAGUACCAGGAAGGGUGAGAAGAGCACAGAGGCCAUGAUGUUCAUAUGCGCCAUCACAUUGUUUGCACUUUGUGCAUGUUUCUGCAUGACUGGAUGAGCGCAAUGUUUGCGUUUUGUCAUUAAAAAUACACACUCUUGACACACAUUGUUUGCUUGUCUUCUUUGUUUAAUGUGUGUAUGUCCAAAUUUCCACUGUCAUACCUAAGCCUUAAGGCCACACAAUGCGCACAUGGUGCCAGUUUUGAGAUCAGCGAGUUUCUUUCAGUGUGCGAGUUUCCCGACUUGCCGUCCAUCACGAACUCAGGAUCUCACAAGUGUGCAGGUGGAUGGAUGGUCAUGAUUUCACAAGGCGGCGUGCUUUCUGUUAACAUGUUCGAUGGCUAUGUUGCUCUUUGCCUGUAGAGUAUUUUUGCUCUCUCCUUGUCUUGGAAGAGCCCCAUCGCAGAGACGGUGGAGACAUGCAAGCUUGACUUCAUGUGAUGUCUGCAUUUCCCACCUGUCAAGGGCUAUCUAUCAGUUCCUGCACUGACCACAGGUUGACGGCUAAGCCACUCGGGUUCGUUGUAUUUCCAAUGAGCGUGCUAUGCUGCUCGCUCAGGAAAUCGCUUUCCUUAGAGGCAGAGAGACAUCUUGCGUUUGACAUUUGGGUCUUACAUCAUGCCUGAGCAUAUGGGACCCCUCAAGGACUCUGCCAGAUUGAAAAACUAAUCCUGUCUUCUAGUAUGUGAGCAUCUCCGAGACUCCUUAGGGAACCGAGUUGCCGCAUGAGAUCAAGGCAUUUGAAACUGGUCCAGGUCCAGUUUGACUUUUCACUUUCAGUUGUUUGAAGGACUGCCCUCUGAUUGCUGCAGCCAGACAUUUAUGUAGCCUGCUUUGAGUCUUGUAAAAGUACGCGGUCAUUUAUCCGUCUGCAAUGGCGGUGACAGCAAGCAUGUUCUGCGUGCUGAUCACCUUUCACUCUUGAUUGAAGUGGAACCUCUGCAUGUAGAUAGUGAAGUCGGCCCUCCAUUGUGCACUCGCAUGGAUAAGCUGGGGCAUUUUCGGGGGGAGGUGGAAGGAAAGGGGCAGAUUUACAAAAGCGGUUUCUCUCAGACAUACGGCCACUUCGGCUCCCUUUGUUUUCCACAAGCAUAGUCUCCAUCAACAGUCCAAAUGCAAACUGUGAGAGCAUGGCCUAUCGAUCCUUCAGCGUUUCACGACUUAAAGCGAAGCUAGAGGUGUCAGAAAAGCUACCACAGGGAUAACUAGCUUGUGGCAGCCAAGCGUUCAUCACAACGUUGCGUUUUGAUCCUUCGAUGUCGGCUCUUCCUAUCAUUGUGAAGCAGAAUUCACCAAGUGUUGGAUUGUUCACCCACCAACAGGGAACGUGAGCUGGGUUUAGACCGUCGUGAGACAGGUUAGCUUUACCCUACUGAUGCACCAUCGUCGCAGUGGUAAUCCAACCCAGUACGAGAGGGAAGGAUGCAUCCUAUCUAUUGAGGGUGGAUGAUCUGCAAAGUGCCUGGUCAAUAAAACUGCUUGCCGCCUACAUGAUUUUUUUGAAGUGUUACCAGGGCGGAAACUUCCAGGGCUGCAGAAGGGAGAGAGAAGUUUGGGACUCUACUGUAAGGGUGCAUCUCUGACGGUCUGACCAAUUCGCAUCAAAGACUGAGAAGAAGGAAAGAGAUUAGGUUAUGGGUCUCAGAGCUGUGCGUUGGGGUUGACCAACUUGACUAGGUACAUUUCUGGGGCACAGAUAAAUGGAGGUUAGUUGGGGGUCCAUCGUUCUCGAGUACAACUAUAGACAAGGUUUUGCAGCUAAUAAUAGCCUGCUAUGGUAUUCUUGACUCCAUUUAGUAGUGCUCUCUAGUCUCUCCUGUUCAGGUUCAGGAUCUAUUGUGCCAUGAUCCUCCUGGGACCUAUUUUUAUGAAGACGUGAAAGGAGAUAAUGAUAGCAAAGGCAUCAGUAUCAACACCCGACCAGGAUCUCAAUCCCCAACUCAACUAUCAUUCUUCAGAAUUCGAAUUGGGUGAAACAAGGUGGUCCACCGAGUGACGAAGAUGAGUCAGGACAAGCAUCAGUGCCUUCCAAGUGUCCUGAAUGGUGUAGAUGGAUGCCAUGGUCAAGCCUGUCGUCAUCCAUCAUGAGUAUCAACAGAGGUCUAUCACGUGUGUAGCUUCAUUUCUCUCACAGAUUCGACAAUCUGAGUCAGAUGUGUGUGACUGAAUCGAUAUAUCGUGUCCUGGUGGUUAGAGACGUUGGGUUCAGUCGCGGCAAGAUCUUCUUUCUAUGUAGCUUCAUUUCUCGCACAGGUCAGGCAAUCUGUUAAAUUUGAGCUGCUCAUACGCACAGCAGCCUCAUGUCGGCGGCUGUGAUGCAGAUUUCCGAUUUCGGAAUUAGUCAGAUGUUGCAGGAUAGGUAUCACCGGCUGUGCGUGUAGUUCCUUUUCGUACAGGUUGAGCAAUUUUAGGCAUUCAGAAUUUCAGAUGCAGUAGACCGCAAGGCGAUGAGGACAAACCUUUAGCAAAGCGCAAGCGAAAGAAGCAAACUGACCCGGCCAAUGCUGACUGACUUUGACUUUGGGCGAUUCCUUGCAUACCUUCAACAGCGCAACAUAUUUUCGUAAGACGUCUGACUGCCGUCUUGGUUGACUUGCAAGCCCAUUCGCUGUACGGAGUGUGCAAAAGGAAGAAAGGGCGGGGGGGGGAGGGGAGGGGAGGGGAUGGAUGCCCUUUUCCCGUGGUGCCGUUUCUACUUUCAUGUCCUGACAUCGUAGAUUUGUAGUCCUUUUCCUGCAUGUGGCUCUUUCUUCUCCAUUGUCCUGCAUUGUUUUCUAAUGUUAUUCCUUGUUAAAUAUAAUUCUCUUGGGCCAUUGAGUUCAGUUUUCCGCUCAAAUGUCAUGAUUCAUCGGCUUCUGUAAUUAUUUCUGUUCCGUGCCAGGUGUCAUUUCUUGACUCUGUUAAGUAUAUGUUUAUUUCUUUGUAGAUAUUCAUUGUAAUACGAUCCACCAAUGCUGCAGCUGAUGUAGCAAUUUCGAUGCGGAAGGUCUGUGAAAACCAAAAAAUUAACCUGAUUGUAUAAUGGAUGGAUGAAUGCGAGUUGAUGAAAAACAUAAUUGCAGGAGGUGAAAGUGAGAUUGAAGGGAAAAAAAAAAAAAAAAAAAAAAAAAAAAAAAGCGCGACUGGAAGGAAAAAAAAAAAAGGACGUGUGCGAACUGCACACCAGCACAAAACGGGGGUGUGCCGGGCGCUGUAUGCGCAUCGUUCGUCCCAAGUUUUGUCUCCCGAGCCAGCCUCCACACUUGCACAGAAACAAAUGCGCGCACUGUACAGAGUCUACUACAGACAAUUAGAGGCGAGGCGAGAACAGCUGCAUCCUGCAUCGCUCGGUGAUUCAAAAGUCGACUGGAAACAUUUCAGGAAGGAAAGCAAAGCGGAGGUCGGGACCCAACUCAUGGCGCGCUGGGCCCCCCUUUGAAAUAUUUAAAAAAGAAGCUCAUGACAAGUGGCAAUGAUGACCUGACACUGUAGGCAAUAUCAGAGUAGUCUGACAAGGACGCAUAUCAGAGUAGUCUGACAAGGGACGCAACGGGAAGUAAAAUCUGGCAAGCAGC